UUUCCCUCUCCGUUUCUCUCUUCCUUUUUCUUCUCUGUCAUCAGAAUCAGUUCGUCGGAAAAAUGCUCUCGUUUUCGUUUUCUCCGAUCGGAAUCUCUUGAACAGAUUCACAAGUUUUCUCGUUAGUUUCACUUGAUUCUCCACUCCAUUUCUCGAUUUCUGGAGGAAUUUUGUCGUUUUUCGUUUAGAAAUCGAAGACGAAAGCAGAAACCUAGGGUUUCGAAGAUGGAACUGGAAUCUAUGAGUUUCGAUUUCACUGAGAUGUUCGACUCAUACUCUCUUUAUCCCACCGGAAAAGUAUCUCCGGUUGAUUCUUACGUCACCGAUGUCGACAACGAAGAGAUCAGAGACAACUACGCGUUUUUAGAUUCCGUUUUAAAAGACAACAAAUCUGAGUUUAUUUCUCACGCUAAACGCAUCUUAGUCGGAGAAGACGCAGAAUCCGAGAGAAUCGAAGCUAUAAAGCUUCUUACCUCUUGUUGCUGUUACGAUUCUAUAAACUGUGCUUUGUCAAUCAUCAACGGCGACGUUGGAUCGGUUCCGUAUAUCAACGAUGUAUGUACGGAUACAGGACUCUCGCCGUUGCACACGGCGGCUGAGUAUAACGCGCCACGGUGUGUUGAGAUGCUUCUGAAACGACGCGCUCGUACUGAUAUGAGAAGCAAAGAUGAACGCGCUUUGAUUCCUCUGGAGCUAUCUCUCUCUAAUGGCAGCGUAGAUGUGACAUGGAAUCCAAGUACUGACUCGAUUGGAGACUUGAUCGUUUUGCUUGGUGACAAGGACUUGACGGUUGUGAAACUACUUGCUGAGAAGACAAAGGAAGUGGACGCUGUGGCUUAUGCGUAUGCCAAGGCUGGUGAGAUAGUUUCUUUGACUGCAUUGUUGAUUGUAGCAAGUGAGAAGAUCAGAGAGGCAACUGUAACAUUACGGGAUGAUGAUGAUUCUGUGCCAAAGCGUAAAAGGGAAACGAUCUAUGAGGCUGUUAUUCAAGAAGCGUUGCGUAGUAACAGCUUGACGCAAAGUGUAUGCAGUGAGAAAAGAAUGGUUUUGCUUAGAGAGAUUGAGCUUCUUCAGCUCUUUGGUGCUGCAGUUUUUAGUGAAUCUGUGGAUAAGCAAACUUCACCACUUAUCUCCAUUGUACAAGCAGGAGAUGAAGCUGUUCUUGAGCUGUUUAUAAACACCAACUUAGAUGUCAACGAAAAAGAUGCAGAAGGGAAUACUGUUCUUCAAUGUAGCCUGAAGGGAUCAAUCAUGAGCCUACUUAUUGCACAUGGUGCCCGAGUUAACCAAAGGAACAAGUUGGGUUUAUCUGCAGUACACUUUGCUGCUGCAAAUGGCAAUUUAUCUGCACUUGAGAUUCUACUAGCGGCCAACCCUGAGUUGGUUAAUGUCAAGACAGUUAUCAAAGAGACGCCACUAUUCUUCGCAGUGAAGAAUAACCAUCUUGAGUGCGUUGAGCUGCUUCUUCGAUGUGGUGCAAGUACAGAGAUUCAUAAUCUACGAAAACAGAGACCAAUAGAGUUGACACAAUCACAAGAUAUACGUUUCCUCCUUAGUCCAACAAAUAUCAGUUGCUUCAGCAAAGAAACAGAACUUGCACAGUCACAGAGUGCAGCAGUUCCAACCAAUGCAGAUGAUGAGGAAACUCUUGGAUUUCUCGGAGAUUCGGUUCCACCAUGGCUCAAAAAGUUUGUAAUCUGGCUUCCGCGGUACCUCCAAGAUACAUCAGCGAACUGGAGAGGGGCUGGAUAUCCCCUGUCAUCUCUCAAAGCUGAUUUCCGUGCUGUUUUUGGAAUGGAUCUCGAUCAUGCCUCUCUUGGUUUCCCCAAACUCAUCGACUUCAUCAAAUACUUUCCAAAACUCUGUCAAAUGAAAGUCGUCCCCAUAGGUAAAUUUGGAGCUGCAACACACUGGGUGAUGUUACCCACCAAAUCCAAGUGUUCUCAGCUCAAAGGAAGACCUCCUGAGCCACUCAUUAUCAGUAAGAAUGACUCUGUUGCAUCUCCCGAUAAACCAAAAGCCUUAUCAGUUCCUCCAGGUUUUAAAUUCAUGCAAGAAGCACAUGACUCUAAAACCUUCAAAGCACCACCAGAACCAAAACCUCAACCUCCUCCUCCGUUGACUACAGCAUCUUACAACAACCAACGUCAACUAAAACAUCCGGUUCUAGAGACACUUACAAGGAUCAGAAACAGCACUUCCGUAUACUUUCUCCGUGAGUUCGACUUUUACCAAAGCUAUGAGAAAUGUUUAAAGGAAGGCAUGUGUUUCUGGUGCAACAAGAACAUGCUUCUAUGGGCAAACUUCCCAUGCCAACACAAACUUUGGUGCAGCUCUUGUAAACAACAGGUUACUCAAUCUGCUCUAGGAGAGAAGAGCCUUGAGGAGGACCAUCAUAAGUGUGUGGUCUGUGAUGCAAAAGUGGAACGUUUCGUCUUAUCUCCACCGUUUGAAUCAGAUCACCAUAGGCUUUCAAGUGAUCGCCCUAACAACGCAGAAUUAGCCACUUCAUUCCUUCAAUUCCUCAGCAUAAGGAAGUAAUAAUGUUUCCCCACUUUUUCUUCUUAUUCACUAAUCACUUCACCUGUUUAACUAAAACUUCUUCUAACGA